AUUUUGCCUGGUGUGUAAAUCUUCUCAUCCUGCAUAGUGUUGACAACAUGAGUUGCCACGCCAGCUCUGGGAGCCAAUCCUUUUCCAUUAUGGAGCAAUCAAAAGUCACACCCUUGGGGAGCACAUUCACAAACACAUUAUUCAUUCCUUCUGAAGUUUCAAAUCCAGUCAUACAGCCUACACUUCCCUAUAUGGGAAAAAUCCCUGGAGGCUUAAAACCAGAUAAGGCUGUGUUCAUCCAAGGGGCUGUUCCUGCAAAUGCCAAGCUCUUUGAGAUAAAUUUCCACACAGGGCAGUCUUAUAGUGAUGGUAUCGCUUUUCACUUCAACCCUCGUAUUACAGUUAAAUAUGUAUAUAUGAACAGCCUCAGAAAUGGUAAGUGGGAAAAGGAUGAAACUGUUUAUGACAAGCCCUUCCCCAAAGGGACAUCUUUCAGUCUACUGAUUACCAUCAAGUCAGAGGGAUAUGAGGUUUAUGUGAAUGGCUUGCGAUACUGGCUGUUCCAACAUCGUAUGCCUCUAGAGCAAGUUCUGACACUUGGCAUUCGUGGUGAUGUUUUCAUUUCCAGCUGUGGUUUUAUUGAUAACUGGAGCAAGACCUCUUUAUUUGCAGAACAGUCAAAGAUCACAGGUUUGGGGAGCUCAUUCUUGAAAAUGUUACCGAUCCCUACAGAGCUUGUAAAUCCAGUCAUCCAGCCUACGAUACCCUAUACUGGUCCAAUAUCUGGAGGGACACAACCAGGAAUGGCUCUGUUUGUCCAAGGGACUGUUAAUCCAGCUGCAAAUCAGUUUCGAAUAGAUUUUAAAUCGGGACAGAACACUAAUGAUGACGUCCUAUUUAUCUUCAAUCCUCGAAUUGGCCAAUAUGUGUACAUGAACAACUUUGUAAAUGGUAUCUGGCAAAAAGAGCAAUUAGUCUGCCAUAAGCCCUUCACCAGAGGUGCAACCUUCAGUAUAUUGAUUGUUAUCAAUACAGAGUGUUUUGAGGUCUAUGUGAAUGGGAUGCGACACUGUACAUUCACACACCGCGUGUAUUUAGGUAAAGUUACCACGCUCUACAUUUGUGGAGAUGCUUGCAUCCACUAUUUUGGCUUUACUUACAACUGGAGCAGAUCACCUUUCUUUAGGGAUCAAUUGAAAAUCACAGACAAAGUAACCUCAGUCACCAGUCCAUUAUCCAUCCCAUCAGAGAUUGCAAACGCAGUCAUCCAGCCUAGAAUCCCCCAUAUUGGACCAAUAACUGGACAAAUGAGACCAGGAAUGGCGCUGUAUGUCCGCGGCGCUGUUCUUGCAGAUGACAGCCAGUUUGCAAUUGGUUUUCAAAAUGGGCAAAAUUAUAACGCUGACGUCGCUUUUAUUUUCAACCCACGGUAUGAUCAAUACCUAUACCUGAACACUUACAGAAACAGUAUAUGGGAGAAAGAGGAGCUGGUCUGUGAUAGACCUUUCAUCAGAGGGGAAAGUUUCACUGUGUUGGUUGUCAUCAAAUCAGAAGGUUAUGAGGUGUAUGUGAAUGGAAAAAGUCGCUGCAUGUUCAAGCACCGCAUUCCUUUAGUGCAAGUGACUGCAAUUGGCAUUUGGGGAGGUGUUUCAGUCCACUUCUAUGGUUUUAUUGAGAACUGGAGCGCAUCAUCUUUCUUUAAGGACCAAUCAAAACUGUUAGUCAUCCCAUCUGAACUUCCAAAUCCAAUCAUCCAGCCUAAAAUUCCCUACAUCGGCGCAUUAUGUGGAGGGAUAAAACCAGGAAUGGCUUUGUAUGUCGAAGGAAUGGUUCCUGCAAAUGGCAAUCAGUUUUCGAUAAAUUUCCAAGCAGGGCAGAAUAACAGUGAUGAUGUUCCUCUUACUUUUAACCCUCGAAUUGGUCAUUACAUAUACCUGAACAGCUGCAGAAAUGGUGUGUGGGAAAAGGAGCAAUUGGCGGCUGAAAAACCCUUUAUGAGGGGGACAGCUUUUAAUGUAUUGAUUUUCAUCAGUUCCAAAGGCUAUGAGAUGUAUGUGAAUGGAUGGAGACACUGCACAUUUACGCACCGCAUUCCAUUUGACAGAGUUACUACGCUUCACAUUUGGGGAGAUGUUUCCAUCAACUUCUGUGGUUUUACCGAUAAUUGGAGAAGAUCAUACACUUUUAGGGACCAACCAAAACUCACAGACGUUGGGAGAUCAUUCACAAGCCUGUUACCAGUCCCAUCAGAAAUUUCACAUCCAGUCAUCCAGCCUGUCCUUCCUUAUGUGAGUACAAUCAAGGGAGGGAUAAAACCAGAUAUGGCUGUGUUAUUCCAGGGGGUUCUUCCAGCACAUGCACAAGGCUUUGAAAUAAAUUUCAAAACAGGGGAGUCUGAUGUUGAUGACAUUGCUUUUCACUUCAACCCCCGCAUUGGUCAAUAUGUCUACCUGAACAGCUUUAGAAAUGAAAGCUGGGAAAAGGAGGAAUGUGUCUCUGACAAACCCUUUGUCAAGGGAUCAGCCUUCCAAAUAUUUAUCAUCAUCAAAACAGAGUGCUACGAGGUCUACAUUAAUGGCAUAAGACACUGCAUGUUUAAACAUCGCUUUCCUCUAGAGAAAGUUUCACUAGUUAACAUUCGUGGAGAUGUAUCCCUGCCCAUCUUUGGUUUUGUUGAUAACUGGAACACACUGAAUAUGAGCCAAUCAAAUACUACAGUCAUGGGGAGUUUAGUUUCAAAACACUUAUCACUCCCAUCAGCGGUGUCAUGUCCAUUCAUCCAGCCUACACUUUCCUAUGUGAGUAGAAUCAAAGGAGGAAUAAGACCAGAUAUGGCUGUGUUCUUCCAAGGGACCAUUCCAAUAAACGGCAAACACUUUGAAAUAAAUUUCAAAACAGGGGAGUCUGAUGUUGAUGACAUUGCUUUUCACUUCAACCCCCGGAUUGGUCAAUAUGUCUACCUGAACAGCUUCAGAAAUGGUAGCUGGGAGAAGGAGGACUGUGUCUCUGACAAACCCUUCACCAAGGGAGCAGGCUUCUAUAUGUUUGUUGUCAUCAAGUCAGACAACUAUGAGGUGUAUGUGAAUGGCUUGCGGCACUGUAUGUUCAAGCACCGCAUUCCUCUAGAGAAAGUUUCGACACUUGGCAUUUGCGGUGAUAUUUCCAAACCCAUCUAUGGUUGUAUUGAUAACUGGAGCAGUUCAUAUUUAUGUCUGGAUCAAUCAAGAAUCACAGGCAUGGGGAGCACAUUCUCAAGCCUGUUAGCAAACCCUUCAGAGUUAUCACAUCUAGUCAUUCAGCCUACACCUCCCUAUUUUGCUAAAAUACCUGGAGGUUUAAGACAGGAUAUGGCAGUAUAUUUCCAAGGGGCUGUUCCUGCACAUGCUGUAAGCUUUGAGAUAAACCUCCAAACAGGUUGGUGUCCAGAGAGUGACAUCGCUUUUCAGUUUAACCCUCGCAUUGGGCAAUUUGUAUACUUGAACAGCAGCAGAAAUGGCUGUUGGGAAAUGGAGGAAUCUGCCUCUAUCAAACCCUUCACAAAGGAAACAUCCUUUAAUAUGUUUAUUGUCAUCAAAUCAGAGGGCUAUGAGGUCUACGUGAAUGGACUGUUCCACUGUAUGUUCAAGCACCGCUUACCUUUAGAGAACGUUUGUACACUUAGUAUAUAUGGAGAUGUUUCAAUCCCCAUCUAUGGUUUUAUUGAUAACUGGAGCAAUUCCUCUUUCAUUACGGACCAAUCUAAAAUCACAAGCAAGGGAAGUCAAAGUCUGUUACCUGUACCAACAGAGGUUUCACAGUCAUUCAUCCAGCCUGCACUUCCCUAUGUGGGUUUGCUCACAGGAGGGUUAAAACCAGACAUGGCUUUGUUCUUCCAAGGGAAUAUUCCUGCACAUGCUAAUGGUUUCGAAAUAAAUUUCAAAACAGGACCAUGUGAUGGUGAUGACAUCGCAUUUCAUUUCAAUCCUCGAAUUGGUGGAUAUGUCUACCUGAACAGCUUUAGAAAUGGUAGCUGGGAUAAGACAGAACCUACACCUAAUAUACCCUUCAAUAAGGGAACAGCCUUAAAUAUGUUUGUUGUCAUCAAAUCAGAGGGCUAUGAGGUCUAUGUGAACGGCUUAAUAUAUUGCAUAUUCAAGCACCGCAUUCCUCUAGAGAAAGUUUCAACGCUUGGCAUUCGUGGAGAUGUUUCCCUUUCCAUCUGUGGUUUAACUGAUAACUGGAAGACCUCUUCCUUCUGCUCAGGUAUAGGGACCUCUAGCGCUACACCUGUCCUUAAAGAUGUUUCAUAUCUGAUCAGCAACCCUACACUUCCCUAUAUAAAUGGAAUCCCAAGAGUGCUAAAACAAGACAUGGCUAUACUUUUCCAAGGGACUGUUCCUGUAAAUGCCAAAAGCUUUGAAAUUAGUCUCAAAACGGGACUGUCUGAUGGCGGUGACAUCGCAUUUCAUUUCAACCCUCGCAUUGGUCAGUAUGUCUACCUGAACAGCUUCCGAAAUGGUAGGUGGGAGAAGGAGGAAACUGCACCUGACAAACCCUUCACCAAGGGAGCGGCCUUCCAAAUUCUUCUAGUCAUCAAAUUUGAGGGCUAUGAGGUCUAUGUCAAUGACAUAAGACACUGCGUGUUCAAUCAUCGCAUUCCUCUAGAGAAAGUUUCAACACUUGCGAUUUGUGGAGAUGUUUCUCUUCCCAUCUGUGGUUUUAUUGAUGACUGGAAGACAUCUUCCUUUUACUCAGUUAUAGGGGCCUCAAGCCCUACACCCAUCUCUAAAGACAUUUCAUUUUCAGUCAGCAACCCUACACUUCCCUAUGUGGGUAAAAUCCCAGGAGGGAUAAAACAAGAUGUGGCUUUAUUUUUCCAAGGGACUGUUCCAACAGAUGCCAAAGGCUUUGAAAUCAAUUUUAAAACGGGGCCAUCUAAUGGUGAUGACAUCGCUUUCCAGUUCAAUCCUCGCAUUGGUCAAUAUAUCUACCUGAACAGCUUUAGAAAUGGAAGAUGGGAGAAGGAGGAAACUGCACCUGACAAACCCUUCAUCAAGGGAGCAACCUUCCAAAUGUUUAUAGUCACCAACUUUGAGGGCUAUGAGGUCUAUGUGAACGGCUUAAAACAUUGUAUAUUCAAGCACCGCAUUCCUCUAGAGAAAGUUUCAGCGCUUGGCAUUCGUGGAGAUGUUUCCCUUUCCAUCUGUGGUUUAACUGAUAACUGGAAGACCUCUUCCUUCUGCUCAGGUAUAGGGACCUCUAGCACUACACCUGUCCUUAAAGAUGUUUCAUAUCUGAUCAGCAACCCUACACUUCCCUAUAUAAAUGGAAUCCCAAGAGUGCUAAAACAAGACAUGGCUAUACUUUUCCAAGGGACUGUUCCUGUAGAUGCCAAAAGCUUUGAAAUUAGUCUCAAAACGGGACUGUCUGAUGGCGGUGACAUCGCAUUUCAUUUCAACCCUCGCAUUGGUCAGUAUGUCUACCUGAACAGCUUCCGAAAUGGUAGGUGGGAGAAGGAGGAAACUGCACCUGACAAACCCUUCACCAAGGGAGCGGCCUUCCAAAUUCUUCUAGUCAUCAAAUUUGAGGGCUAUGAGGUCUAUGUCAAUGACAUAAGACACUGCGUGUUCAAUCAUCGCAUUCCUCUAGAGAAAGUUUCAACACUUGCGAUUUGUGGAGAUGUUUCUCUUCCCAUCUGUGGUUUUAUUGAUGACUGGAAGACAUCUUCCUUUUACUCAGUUAUAGGGGCCUCAAGCCCUACACCCAUCUCUAAAGACAUUUCAUUUUCAGUCAGCAACCCUACCCUUCCCUAUGUGGGUAAAAUCCCAGGAGGGAUAAAACAAGAUGUGGCUUUAUUUUUCCAAGGGACUGUUCCAACAGAUGCCAAAGGCUUUGAAAUCAAUUUUAAAACGGGGCCAUCUAAUGGUGAUGACAUCGCUUUCCAGUUCAAUCCUCGCAUUGGUCAAUAUAUCUACCUGAACAGCUUUAGAAAUGGAAGAUGGGAGAAGGAGGAAACUGCACCUGACAAACCCUUCAUCAAGGGAGCAACCUUCCAAAUGUUUAUAGUCACCAACUUUGAGGGCUAUGAGGUCUAUGUGAACGGCUUAAAACAUUGUAUAUUCAAGCACCGCAUUCCUCUAGAGAAAGUUUCAACGCUUGGCAUUCGUGGAGAUGUUUCCCUUUCCAUCUGUGGUUUAACUGAUAACUGGAAGACCUCUUCCUUCUGCUCAGGUAUAGGGACCUCUAGCGCUACACCUGUCCUUAAAGAUGUUUCAUAUCUGAUCAGCAGCCCUACACUUCCCUAUAUAAAUGGAAUCCCAAGAGUGCUAAAACAAGACAUGGCUAUACUUUUCCAAGGGACUGUUCCUGUAGAUGCCAAAAGCUUUGAAAUUAGUCUCAAAACGGGACUGUCUGAUGGCGGUGACAUCGCAUUUCAUUUCAACCCUCGCAUUGGUCAGUAUGUCUACCUGAACAGCUUCCGAAAUGGUAGGUGGGAGAAGGAGGAAACUGCACCUGACAAACCCUUCACCAAGGGAGCGGCCUUCCAAAUUCUUCUAGUCAUCAAAUUUGAGGGCUAUGAGGUCUAUGUCAAUGACAUAAGACACUGCAUGUUCAAGCACCGCAUUCCUCUAGAGAAAGUUUCAACACUUGCGAUUUGUGGAGAUGUUUCUCUUCCCAUCUGUGGUUUUAUUGAUGACUGGAAGACAUCUUCCUUUUACUCAGUUAUAGGGGCCUCAAGCCCUACACCCAUCUCUAAAGAGAUUUCAUUUUCAGUCAGCAACCCUACACUUCCCUAUGUGGGUAAAAUCCCAGGAGGGAUAAAACAAGAUGUGGCUUUACUUUUCCAAGGGACUGUUCCAACAGAUGCCAAAGGCUUUGAAAUCAAUUUUAAAACAGGGCCGUCUAAUGGUGAUGACAUCGCUUUCCAGUUCAGUCCUCGCAUUGGUCAAUAUAUCUACCUGAACAGCUUUAGAAAUGGAAGAUGGGAAAAGGAGGAAACUGCACCUGACAAACCCUUCAUCAAGGGAGCAACCUUCCAAAUGUUUAUAGUCACCAAUUUUGAGGGCUAUGAGGUCUAUGUGAAUGGUUUAAAACAUUGCAUAUUCAAGCACCGCAUUCCUCUAGAGAAAGUUUCAACACUUGCCAUUCGUGGAGAUGUUUCCCAAAUCAUAUGUGGUUUUAUUGAUAACUGGAGCAGUUCUUCAUUCUUUAUGGAACUAAAGAAAGACACAGGCAUGAAGAGCAUAACCUCAAAUGUCAUCACUCUGGAUGUUUCACAAUCAAUCAGCAACCCUGCAAUUCCCUAUAUAGGUACAAUCCCACCAGUCAGAAAACAAGAUUUGGCUGUUCUAUUUCAAGGGACCAUUCUUAAAAAUGCAGAAAGAUUUGAUAUAAAUUUCCAAACGGGGCAAGGUGCCCAUGAUGACAUUGCAUUUCACUUUAACCCCCGGAUUGGUCGUUAUACUGCCUUGAACAGCUUCAGAAAUGGUUCAUGGGAUAAGGAGGAAUCUGUGCUUGACAAACCCUUCACUAAGGGAUCAACCUUCCAAAUUAUUGUUGUCUUUCAAUCAGAUAGAUAUGAGGUUUAUGUGAAUGGCUUGAGCCACUGCACAUUUAAACAUCGCAUACCUUUAGAGAAAGUUUCUACAAUUGCCGUUUGUGGGGAAGUUACCAUUCAGCUCAUUAGUUUUAUUGAAAGCUGGAGUUCAUCUAUCAGUAAAUAAUAAUCUAAGAAGAGUAACAUAAUUUCGACAUAAAUUUUGGAUACUGUCUCUACAUCAGGUUACCUAAGUUUUGCUGCAAGGCCAGCUUGGAUACUUCCAUUGCAUUCUAAUGGUGAAAAAAAGUUUUGUCUAUCCAAAAAUGCAGAAAGAAGUGACAAGACCAUCCAGAAGUGACAAGUGAAACUCUGUUCUGAAUUUUGUUGAAGGGUAGAUUGUCUGGCCAACAAUCUACAUUGGAAAGCCUUUGAUGUGGUUAAGCUUGCAUUAGGAUUCUCUAUUAGAGAGACUCAAAGGGGGAUUCAGGGAACAUAAGGAAUCUUUCAUAUACUUUUAUUAUCUGCUUAGGGGUAUUAAUACCGGUCAAUGCAUACUUAGUCCUGUGUUUGAAAAAUGGGCACCUUGUUGGGUAAUAUGAUUUAAAAAAUAAAAAAUUUUUUUUAAAAACUGUGCAGGCCUCUUCUUUUCUCUAGCUCACUGGUUAAAUUUCUGUUUGUUGAACUGAUUUAUCUGUUAAUUCUCAAUAAAAAAUGGAAACAUGAAGGUU